CAAACCGAACCAAACUUUCUUUUUUAAAUUUUUAUUUUUUUAAAUGGCCUCGCACCCCAGAAACCAACCCAAAAGAUAACAUUUCCAAGCUGCAUCUGCUGACAGUGAGAGUGAUCUGGAUGUGCUGGCACAAAGAAGUUAGAGCCUAGAUAGAGUGAAGUGAGUUUGGUGCAGGGUGUGUUUGUUGGUUACAUGGCUUACAAAUCGCUAAGCUUUAUCACUGUGUCCGAUAUUGAAUCCCUUGGAGUUGCAAGAGAAGCUGCUGCUACACUCCAUGAACGUCUCACAGAAAUCAUUGGAAUUCAUGGAGUUGGUACCCCUGCCACGUGGCAGAACAUCACCAGCAGCAUCCUCAACCCUGAACUUCCCUUCUCUUUUCAUCAGAUGUUGUACUAUGGUUUCUACAAGGAUUACGGUCCCGACCCACCCGCUUGGAUACCCGACCCGGAAAAUGCUACUGUGACGAAUGUUGGUCAGUUACUAGAAAAGAGGGGUAAAGAGUUUCUGGGUUCAGCAUAUAAGGAUCCAAUUACAAGCUUUCCUGAUUUCCAGAAAUUUUCAGUCUCAAACCCUGAGGUUUAUUGGAAAACUAUGCUGGAUGAAAUGAACAUAUCUUUUUCGAAACCACCUGAAUGCAUCUUACAUGAUAACCUCGCGGGGGAAAACCCAGGUGGUAAAUGGCUUCCUGGAGCAUCUAUUAAUGCGGCAAAGAAUUGUUUAAGUUUAAAUUGCAGAAGAAGCUUGAAUGAUACUGUAAUAAUAUGGCGCGAUGAACUACAUGAUGAUCUUCCUGUUCAAAGGAUGACACUUGGGGAAUUGCGUGAAGAGGUCUGGUUAGUUGCGCAUGCUCUUGAAUCACUGGGUCUGGAGAAAGGAUGUGCAAUUGCGAUUGAUAUGCCAAUGAAUUUUAAAUCUGUGGUUAUCUACCUAGCUAUCAUUCUUGCAGGUUAUGCUGUUGUAUCCAUUGCUGAUAGUUUUGCAGCACUUGAAAUAUCAACCAGGCUGAAAAUAUCAAAUGCAAAAGUCAUAUUUACUCAGGAUCUUAUUAUUCGUGGUGACAAAAGUCUCCCCCUUUACAGUAGAAUUGUGGAUGCCCAGUCACCUAUGGCAGUAGUUCUCCCUUCCAGAGGCUCUGGGUUUAGCAUGAAACUGCGCAAUGGUGACCUUUCUUGGCUUGAUUUUUUGGAUGGAGUCAAUAGUCUCAGAGGGAAGGAAUUCAUAGCUGCAGAACAACCAGUAGAAGCAUUUACAAACAUUCUCUUUUCUUCUGGAACAACUGGGGAUCCAAAGGCAAUUCCAUGGACCAAUAUUACUCCUUUAAAAGCUGCUGCAGAUGCAUGGUGCCACUUGGACAUCCGUAAAGGUGAUGUAGUUUCCUGGCCCACUAAUCUUGGAUGGAUGAUGGGGCCAUGGCUAGUAUAUGCAUCAUUGAUAAAUGGAGCUUCAAUGGCUUUGUAUAAUGGAUCCCCUCUUGGGUCUGGCUUUGCCAAGUUUGUACAGGAUGCUAAAGUAACGAUGCUAGGUGUAAUUCCAAGUCUUGUACGGAGUUGGAGAAGUGCGAAUUCAACAUCUGGCUAUGAUUGGUCUGCUAUCCGUUGCUUUGGCUCCACUGGAGAAGCAUCUAAUGUAGAUGAAUACCUUUGGCUGAUGGGGAGAGCUCACUACAAGCCUGUCAUUGAAUAUUGUGGUGGUACAGAGAUUGGGGGUGGAUUUGUUUCUGGUUCAUUACUACAGGCUCAGUCAUUGGCUGCUUUUAGCACACCUGCUAUGGGCUGCAGUUUGUUUAUUCUUGAUGAUGAUGGCCAUCCUAUUCCUCAAAAUGUUCCAGGAAUAGGUGAAUUAGCUCUUGGUCCCCUCAUGUUUGGGGCAUCAAAUACACUGCUGAAUGCUGACCAUUAUGGUGUCUAUUUCAAGGGAAUGCCCCUUUGGAAUGGAAAGGUUUUACGGAGGCAUGGAGAUGUAUUUGAGCGUACUGCUAGAGGAUACUAUCAUGCACAUGGUCGUGCAGAUGAUACAAUGAACCUUGGGGGAAUCAAGGUAAGUUCGGUUGAGAUUGAACGCAUAUGCAAUGGAGUAGAUAGCAAUAUCCUUGAAACAGCUGCAAUAGGGGUACCACGUUCUGGUGGUGGGCCUGAGCUGUUGGUUUUAGCCGUUGUAUUCAAAAAUUCAAGCAGCACAACAGAAGAUUUACAUCAAUUGAGAAUGUCUUUCAAUUCAGCUCUCCAAAAGAAACUAAAUCCAUUGUUCAAGGUUUCUCGAGUAGUACCACUGCCAUCUCUUCCAAGGACGGCAUCAAACAAAGUUAUGAGAAGGGUUUUGCGGCAGCAACUUGCUGAACAUAACCAAAGUUCUAAAAUAUGACAAAGAUAUUGUUAAAGAGAAAACGAGAGAAUUUGGUAAAAUUCAUGUCUCAAUUACACAAUGGGGUUUCGAUUAUGUAGCAAAAAUAAUAAUACCCAAUAAAUACAUGCAUCACUAGUAUCCUAAUUUCUAUAAUUACAUGAUUCUAAGUACACCAUUCACAUAAUCAGCAAUAUACUAUUUAGAUAA